GAGCAGAUGGAGAACGGGCUUCGUCUUGCCCUUUUAAACCGUUUUCCCAAGCGGUUGCCCGGAAACUCAGCGUGGAUUGCCCUCUCUUUACAUCCCCCCCUUCUAUUUUCUCUGCGGCGGCGUUGCACGCGCAGGAAUUGUGGGUAACCGGAAAGAAGCCCUCCGCUGAGCGGCUCAGGCUGCCAAUCAGGUUCGCGUUCGGAAAGAUGGCGGCGCUCGGGUCCCGAGAGCGCUCUACAGGGGAGGGAGGCAGCGGCGGCGCGCGGGCCGACUCGGGCCUCUUGCUGCACCCGGAGCUGCUCUCGCAGGAAUUCCUCCUGCUGACGCUGGAGCAGAAGAACAUCCCAGUUGAAGAUGAAGUGAAGAUCAGUAAAGAUGGCCUUACUGAUCUCUAUGUUCAACAUGUCAUACCAUUGCCUCAGCGUGAGUUACCAAAAACUAGAUGGGGAAAGUUGAUGGAAAAGAAGAGAGGCCAGCAGGUGUUCAAGCAUGAGAUCAAAAGCACUGCUCCAGCGGAAAGUCUACGGAAACGUCCUCUCAUUGUGUUCGAUGGUAGCUCAACAAGUACAAGCAUAAAAGUGAGGAAGACUGAGAAUGGGGCUAUUGAUAGUCUAAAACUCCUUACAGCUAGAAGCGCCAGCACUACUUGUAAGGGACUGGCGGUUCCUUCAAAUUCUUCAGCAUGUGUGUCUGUCUCCACUUUCUCACCGGACAUUAAAGUGGGAUCCAGGAUUAACGAAGCUAAGCAGAAUAAUAUUAUCGUCGAUAACAAUAUGGCACCUGGUCAAAGGUCACCCCCACUGGUGCCUUUAACAGGAACUACUGUUGUGAAAUUAAAGAGAGCUGCUCCGAAAGAAGAAGCUGAUGCAUCCAAUGGUCUGAAGUCUCCGGAAUCAAAAAAGAAGAUCCAGCAUGUAAAAUGGCCAUGAACCAAUGAGGCGCUGGAAAUGUAAAUAACAUUCAGCCUCCAUUUCAGAGCAGAUGAGUCAUAUGGAACAGGGUUGCAGAUUGCAGUGGAUUUUUCAUAACGUUAACCAUUCUACAGUACAAAGCAGGCGCCAUAUUCUCACCCAUCACCUUAAGGAUAUUUUCUGUACAGUAUUGCACUUUGAGUCAUUUACUUCCCAUUUUAAUGGUUGGUUUUGAUGGAACAAAGUUAUUCCACCAGCCCUCCUUUGGAAUUCUCACAUGUAAUGCAGUUCAGCCUUUGCAUGACCUGGUAAGAGAAAAGCAGUGUGCAUUUAUAACUCUUCAUGUUCAACUGUACAGCAGUAUUGCUUUUUAUUUUUUAUUUGCAAAUACAGUUGUCUACACAAGUGUAUUUAGGCAGUGUGGAAGACUAUGUUUCCCCAUUCAACUGGACUUCCCAUGGUAAUAGUGGCUUUUGCACAAAGUUCUGUUGGCAGGGCAAGAAAAUUUUUCAAAUUCUUAGGUGCUGAUACCAAGUGUCUAGAUCAGGGGUCCCCAAACUAAAGCCCGGGGGCCGGAUGCGGCCCAAUCGCCUUCUAAAUCCGGCCCGCGGACGGUCCGGGAAUCACCAUGUUUUUACAUGAGUAGAAUAUGUCCUUUUAUUUAAAAUGCAUCUCUGGGUUAUUUGUGGGGCAUAGGAAUCCGUUCAUUGCCCCCCCAAUAGUCCGGCCCCCUACAAGGUCUGAGGGACAGUGGACCGGCCCCCUACUGAAAAAGUUUGCUGACCCCUGGUCUAGAUGUCUUUUCCAGCCUUGUUAUGAGAUGGUUUCCUCUUACAGACAUAGGAAAAAUACUGAACUGUGUAAUUUAUUUGCUUCAAAUUGAAGUUUUUGUUACAACUGAAGAUGAAUUUCUGUUGUCUUUUGAGCAGAUGGAAGCACAUUAUAGACUGUAUAUGGAGAGUAUUUGAGAGAAAUGUAGUGCAUGAACUAGUACCAUGCUUUUGUACAGUACAUGCCUAAGUAUUUUUUCAUAAAAUACAUGAACCUUUAACUUGCCUGCCUAUGAAAUGCCUGCUAAAAUCCUGGAGACAAGCUAACACUCCACUCAUUGGGGCAGUUUGAAUAGAGGGGUAAAUUAUAUGAAGAGUAAGCAAUUGUGGUUUGCAAAAUAAGAAAUCUUGCCUCUUUCCUAUCUGUGAAUAAAUGUGGAUUUCUUUCCACAUGGAUCCUCUUUCAUAUGAUGUAAAACCCAACCUAGCUGGGUAUAAUAGUUAGAAUUGCGUACCAUACACAAAGUAGUGUUCAGUCAAAUUCAGGCUGUCAUCCUGUACAUGCCUACUGCAGAAUAUGGACUUAGUGGUAUUUACUUCUGAGUAGACAUGGCUAUAACUGCAUUGUUGGUGCACGACUUCCACUAGAUCAUGAUCAAAGAUUUGGAAAGAAUGGUGUGUUUGAAGUGUAUUUUGAGUUUCCCUCUUCCUGAACACGUGUGCAAGUUUUGUACUUUAGUACAGCACAAUUUAAUUUUGUGUGUUUUGUAUCUGAGCUGUCUUUUUAGUAGCCUCACCUGAUUUAAAUAAAUUGAUUUAAACCGA